CGAAGGAGGUUGCAGGAUGAUUCCUAACCAGCAGACGGGAGUACCUAUCAGUCAGGGGCAUUUCGGUGCUUCCCAGUUGCCUGUUAAUCAAGGACAGUAUGUGAUGGCUCAGCAACCUUUCAGUGUUGGUGGGGGUGGCGCAUUGCAGGGAACGGUUACGUGCUGCAUAUGUGGUAAGACGGGCCAUUACUCAUGGAAUUGCUGGCACGCAGUGGGUAGAUCGUCGCCGACCAUCGAUUCAGAUACCUCAGAAAUGAAGCAGUUGUACAAAAAAGCCAUCCAGAAGGAGAAAGAGGAAAAUGAAAGGAAGAUGAAGGAGGAGAUGGAUAGAAGAAGGGUGGAAGAGCUGAGGAGGAUUGAAACAUGGAAGAUCAGAGAGGCGGAGGCCAGGGAAGCACGUUUGGAAUCUACCAUAGUCAGGCUGUUGUCGCAGCACAACAGAAGCCAACUGGCUUUGCCAACUGCCCCUGUGAAAAAGAAGUCUCCAAGGUCCAAGGCAAGGAUGCUACAUGAGAUAAGAAGCUACCUGGACGAAUCUGAGGAGGAUAGUGAAGAGGUAAACGAGGAGGCCGAAAAACUUAUUGAUGCGAUCGAAAAGCGAAAGAAGGCAGGGAAAAGGAAAUUGGUAGAUCUUGAGGAGGAGCAGACAUCGAAGAAACCGGCCAGAGCGCAGCAGAAAGAAGAGAAUGAUGAGGAGGUUCUGAGAACUCCAAAAAAGAACCUUGCAGCACCUUGCUCAAGCGAAGGGGUGGUGGAGUAUGCUCUGGAAGUUCACCGAAGGAUGUCGACAAAAAAGGUGUCUGAACUGCGGAAGAUAUGUGGGAAAGAAGGGAUUCCGUGUGCGCGAAAGGAGGAAAUGAUCUGCGAGUUGGUAAGAUGCAAGACAAAGGUAGCGUAUGAGGGAUUGUUCGAGAAGAGUCCCGCGUCGAUAGGAGAAAGGUAAAGUAUCCGUAGAACGCCUCUGGCAAUAUGGAGACCCUCGGCACUUGGAUGGCAGCGAGGGUUGAGAAGAUGGGUGAUAGCGGUAGACUAGUGCAUUUUGAGCUAGAGAACCGGAUGACUAGACUGUUCUCGUUACUAGCAAUCCAAGGCAAGUUUUCAUGGAUGCGGAAGUGGUUAACGAUCCUUAAUGAGGAGGCGAUAGAGAGAAUAGAUACUAGAGACUCGGGGGUCUAUGUUAUCACAAGCCCAUGGUGUAA